AAUCUUCCACCCCAAAACCCUCACUCUAGCUCUCAGCAUGGCGGCGGCUGUAGCUCCAGCCAUCAACACCACCAUGUCUCCCCUCGUACUCUCUAAACGCUUCGUCUCUUCUACUUCUCAUCCUAGGUUACUCCUCACUCGUAGGCCUUCGGUUCGGUUCUCCCGUGCCCUCCGAGUGGUUUCACCCGGCUCAGCAGGUUCGAGCCGCUUCACACCGGUACGCUGCCGGGUGAAUCGGUCCGGCGACUCCUACUCGCCGCUCAACUCCGGCUCCAACUUCAGCGACCGGCCUCCGACCGAGAUGGCGCCGCUGUUUCCCGGCUGCGACUACGAGCACUGGCUCAUCGUCAUGGACAAGCCUGGCGGGGAGGGCGCAACUAAGCAGCAGAUGAUUGAUUGCUACAUUCAAACCCUAGCUAAAGUUGUUGGAAGUGAAGAGGAAGCAAAGAAGAAGAUUUACAAUGUUUCAUGUGAAAGAUAUUUUGGAUUCGGUUGUGAGAUUGAUGAGGAGACCUCAAAUAAGCUCGAAGGCUUGCCUGGUGUCCUGUUUGUGCUCCCAGAUUCAUACGUUGAUCCUGAAUAUAAGGACUAUGGAGCUGAGUUGUUCGUGAAUGGGGAGAUCGUACAAAGAUCUCCUGAAAGGCAGAGGAGGGUUGAACCAGCUCCCCAAAGAGCUCAAGACAGACCAAGAUACAAUGACAAAACCCGGUACGUGAGGCGAAGAGAAAACAUGCGGUGAAAUGGGAAUGAAAAAACUAACUGUAUAUUUUUGUGUUGGAUGAAAGGGAGUACAAAUUCUAUGGAGGUUGUGGGUAUUGAUCCUGGAUAAUAAUAACCGUAUUUAGGUUAACAAGUGCUGUGUACCAGUUGACCUAAUUGAAAGAUCUUAAGUUUCUAUGCGGUCCCUUUUGCCAA